GUUAGCUGGCAGAUGCUCUCCAGGAUGCCAACCAGGCUCGCUCCGAGCUCAACCUGCAGCAGAAAUUGCGUGCAGAUGCUCAGCUGAGGGUGGAGGAGCUGGAGGAGAGUGUGUUAGAGAAAGACCAGGAGCUGCUGCGCCUCACACAGAUCACCAGCAGACUGCAGGGAGAGGUGUCUGAUAAGCUCAGUGAUAGAGAGCAGACUCUAGAGGAGGAGAUCCAGCUGCGGGAGCGAGUGCAGCUUCAGUGUAAGCAGGCGGAGAGAACCGUGGAGGAUCUGCGCAUGGAGCUGCAGACGCUCAGCCAGAGCAGAGACGAGCUCGCCAAACAGCUCAAACUCGCACAGGAGAACAUCAUCGAUCUGGAGGGAGAUCUGGAGGAGCUGCAUGAGAACGAGCAGAGAUGGGCUGCCAAACACAAGAGAGCCCUCGAUCAGUCUGAGCAGCUGCAGAUGAAACUCAUCCAGGAGAAAGAUCUGAAUGACCAGCUGGAGUGUGACAAGGCCAUCCUGGAGAGACAGCUGAGAGAUCUGCGCAGUGAGGUGGAGGAACUGCAGAACAACAGAGUCGAGGUCGAUUCCAUCACUAGAGCUGAAAUCAAAGCUAAAGAACUGGAGAACACACUGCGGGCAGAGGAGAGGAAUAAAGUGGCUCUGACAAACACCAUCAGUAAACUGGAGAGGAAGAUUCACGAGCUGACGGAGCAGAUGGAGGAGGAGCACAAGAUCUCCACUGAACAGAGGGAGCUGAUGACUCAGCGCAUCCGCUCACUGAAGCGUCAGCUGAACGAGGCUGAAGAAGAGGCGAGUCGGCGAGACGUUCAGCAUCGACACACACAGAGAGAACUGAUGGAGGAGAGAGAAGCAAACGGCCGCUUACAGAGACAACUACUGGACCAGCAGCUCAGCAACAAGAGGAAAGAAUCGCGGCAGACUCUGGAAAGCCUGAAACUGGUGGAGAGUGAAGAUAUUGAAGAAGAACAGAGCGAACCCAAACCCACAGAGAAGCAGAUCACACAGGUCUGACCAAAAACAACCAAAAACACUGACAAUCCUGCAGGUCUGACCAAAAACAACC